GCUUCGCUCAACUCCUGAAACGAGAAAUGGAGAAUGUUUGGGAGUGGAAUUUCAGAGUUUGCCGACGAUGACGUCAUCCCCGUGGAGGUAGAGUCAGCCGGUGAGGAAGGGGUUAACUGCGAGGAGGAGCCAGUGGAAUUCUGUGGUGGAGGGGUUAACGGGGAAUAGGAGUAGUGAGGGUUGAAGGAAGGCGCGGGGGAAAAAACGGGGUACUCCGAAGAUGAUGGUGAAACUCCACCCACUGGAGUAUGUGGAUUCUGACGAUGAUAGGACGGAGGUUGGGAGUGAGUCGGGAGGUAAUUAGGGUGGGCGGGGCCAGGGGGCGUGGUCUUGAACUGCUGCUGCUGGUAGUGGUAUGGUUGCUGACUCGGCAUAAAAUUAGGGUAGGCUCCAUUUGAUACCAGGUACUGCGGACGUGGAACAGAGACUUCGGGUUGAGCCGUCCCCAUUCCAUUCUGGAGGGAGUUAGGAUGCGAGUGAGGAAGAUGAGGUGGGUGUGGCUGCUGCCAUGGAAACUGGUCGUGUCCGUUAUGCACGACUGCUCCUUGUCCGUCAAUUGCCUUGUCUUUCUCCCUCCUGCCUUGUCCCACCUUCUCACCUCCCUCCCCACCCGAUGGCUGAACCACCUCCACCAUGUACCUCUCACGGGGAGUGGGGUUGGAGGGGGGCAGGGGUCCAUGCAGGGGGUCCACCACAUACUUCUCCCCUCCUCCUACUGUGGUAGGGAGAGUGUCCUUUUGGGGAGGGGCAGGGGGUGUGGCCUCGAUCUCCCCCAAAAGUUGAGCGAGAAAAUGAUGAUGCUCCGGAGAAGCGUACUGCUGAAGAAUCCUCAUUCCCUCCACGUAUCCCAUGUCCUUCAUCAUGAGAUAGAGGUCGUCCACGGAGAAUCCUCGGGCAAUGAAAUCCUGCAGCACUGCCUCAGUCGGACUCCCGUUUGGCUGGUGCCCCACUCGUUGGAAGGCACCCACGUCGAUGGCAUUGUACGGAGAAUCUAAGAGAAAGAGAGAUGGGGGAAGAGAGGGAAUCUUAGAAGAUAGAGAGUUGGCGGAUUUACGAGGGACGUGGGAGAGGAGAGCGCGCCAACUGAAGCGGUCGGCGUGAGGCGAGUCCAGAUGUCUGCAGAGUUGGAAUAUCACUCUGAACGGCAGGUCCUUUAUCUGCAUCUUACACAGCCAGCAAACAACCAAGGAGCGACACGCUUUGGGGUUCUGUCCGGAGAUUAAACUAAAGGGGAGGGGUUUCAGCGAUCGAUCGGGAUUAUUAUGCUGUCGUGUGCUAGUGCGCAUGCGUGGAUGUACCGCGCGCUAAAUAAAAAGGCGGGGCUAUAAUGAAAGUGGGCGUGGCUUCAGAGCCACAUGAUCACUGUUUUGAGGUCUCGAGACGAGCGAAGAAGCUAGAGGGAGAGUAGGACGCAGAGAAUAUGGCAUCGUCUGCUGACAAAUACGUUCGUGAAAACUACUGGGUGGUGGCGGUGGUGGGAGUUAUUUUUGUCCUCAUUUCAGUCACCAUUCUCGUCAGCUGCGUCCUCUGCUGGUUCGUGAGACCCAGCAAACUUCACAUCACCUAUUCUUACUACAUUUCUAUUCUUCUUUACUUCACACAAAGCUACCAUCGGCGACGCAAGCGACGAAGGAACGGUGUGUAUUAUGUGAACCUGAGAGCUAACCUGGAGGACUCCCUGCAGUAUGGCAGCAUUGAACUGCAGAAGAGUUUGAACGAUGCAUCGACCUCUGCCUCAACUUCCUUCAACACUAGCUCUUCACCAAGUGUCACUAGCUCGGGGAAGCCCAAGAAACGAGAAGUGGGCGUGGCUGAGUCUUGGACCAAUGAGAGGAAGAGGAGAGAGGUCAGCGAGCGAGAGGCAGCUAAUCUGGCGUGUCAGUAUUACCUCCGUAACACAAAGAGCUAUACACUCACUAACCCUCUGCCGGACCUGGGGAGUCGCGUCGCCAAAUACUGGUUCCUCGUCUCCGCGAGGGGUCAAGGUUCAUCCCAGAGAUCACAGAGGAUUCUGACACUCCAGCCCGUCUCCAAGCACUGUCCAAUCAGAUUGCAGAGAGAAAAUGUGACACUCCUCAACGAACUACUUGUGACAUUGAAGCACCCUUUUCUUCAUUCUUUGGAGCAUGUCGACUACCUUCCCGAACACUCGUCGGUUGUCAUGGUGAUGACCUUCUUCCCCCAGGGGUCACUCAAAGAUCUCAUCUACAAACGACAACCAACUCUCGAAUGGUCUGAAAAGUACUCGAUACGAAGACGAGGGUUGCCGCCGGCAACAGUUGCCUUAUACGGUCGACAGAUCCUGGAGGCAUUACGUAUUCUCUACAGAAAGGGGUUUCCCCCUCUGGGAAAUCUUCAGAGUGGGAAUGUGUUUAUUGAUGGGAGUGUCUGUAGGUUGUCAGGAUAUGAGAACACUGUGCUAGGAUACCGCAGCAGGCACCACAGACUGGUGAGAGACCACUCCGACUCCAUGGACUCCAUCAUGUUCGGUCACCUACUGUUUGAGAUGAUGUGUGGGUACGAACUGACGACCCUGUCUCCUAGCAACAGUGACAUGACCAACGUGAACAGCGAGGCACAAAUUGAGUUGCUGAAUUUGCCAUUCUUCAAGUCAGUCAAACUACCAGAAAUGGACAAUUGGGAUUCAAGUCAGAUCCAGCUGUCGGCUGAAAUGAAGGGUCUGCUGCGAGGAGUGAGGAAAGGAAGGUCAGAGUUCGCGAGAGAUCGCGAGAAGUCUGCCUCACAAAGAAGAUCCUUCUCCAAACAAGAUAACUAUUAUCCAGUUACACCAGCUCCACAAAGCUCCAGCACACCGGGCACAUCCUCACAGAGCACCCAACGUCCCUCCCCUCCAACCUCUCACCCUCCUCCUCCCUCUUCAUCCUCACAACAUGCACCAUCUCCGUCCUCCACUGAGGAGCGUGGAGUUCUUCUGACUCAGAUUAGGAGAGGAUCCAAGUUGAAAAAGGCAGUCACUAAUGAUAGGAGUGCCCCUAGAAUUUAGUGGACUCGAUUUUGUAUGUGUGUGUAUUAUACCGUGUUUUGUGUGCAAAAAGCUCGAUUGCACGCUACGCAUGCGCGCAAUUUUGAUGGCUUCCGGUGCGCC